AUGUGGCUUAAGAUCAUCCAGACCAAUGUUCUAAGUAACUUGCUGUUUCUAGUUAAAGUCACAUGCAUUCCAAUGUCAAUGUUCGAUGAUGUCUACGAGAACACGUAUCAAAAGACAGCCCGUAAAUUUGCGGACUCUCUGGUUUCAAAAAAGUACCAGGCGAAAGACAGUAUCGUUGAUAAAGCCAAAGUUGAUAGAAAACUAGAAACUAUACAAAAGUUUUAUGAUAUACAGGUUGGCUACCCACCUCAUAUUGCCCAUUGGCUUGGCUAUAUUGAUGGUCAAGUCGAGUUUUUGAUACGAUGCAGUUUGUUUGAUAGGAUGUAUCUUGAAAAUAAACAUGAUCCCAAGCCAACCACAGAAACUUCGAUAAAAAGAUCUCUGCAGUAUUUCAAUGAAUGUCAAGUCAUUUACAGGCUUCUUUAUUUUUAUCAUCCUAAAGACUCACUC